AUGGCGGUUGGCUCUCUUGCCCGCAUGCUUAAGGGCCCGGUCCGAUGCUACUCCGCACCUUUGGAUAUGGCCAUUCCGCCGUCCAAGCAGCGCUACAUUCCCACGUCCGGCACAUACCCGCAGGGAUUUAAGGUCUCUGGCACCCAUGUUGGUGUCAAGGCAUCCAACACUCGCUUCCCGGACCUUGCCCUUAUUGCCUCCGACACGCCGUGCUCGGCCGCGGCGGUCUUCACUACCAACAAGUUCCAGGCUGCGCCGGUACAGGUGAGCCGGGAGACACUGCGAAGUCGCAAGGGCGAGGGCAUCCGGGCCGUCGUUAUCAACUCCGGUUGCGCCAAUGCCGUGACUGGCAAGGGUGGUCUGGAAGAUGCGGUCCGAAUGGGUCAGACGGUGGAUCAGUGCAGUGGUGCCGAGAAGAACAGCUCCCUAGUGAUGAGCACAGGUGUCAUUGGACAACGCCUGCCGAUCAGCAAGAUCCUCGAUCGCAUUCCCACUGCGCAAGCCAACCUCGACUCCUCACACGAAGCCUGGCUGAGCACCGCCCGUGCCAUUUGCACGACUGAUACAUUCCCCAAGCUCCUCUCUCGCACCUUUACUCUGCCCUCCUCCCCAGAUCGCACUUACAGCCUAGCCGGUAUGACCAAAGGCGCCGGCAUGAUCCACCCGAACAUGGCAACCCUGCUCGGUGUCCUGUGCACCGACGCAGCCGUCGCGCCCGCUGCUUUGCAGUCGCUUCUCAAACACGCUGUUUCCCGCUCAUUCAACUCAAUCUCUAUUGACGGGGACACUAGCACCAACGACACUAUUGCUGUGCUUGCCAAUGGUGCCGCUGGUGGGGAGCCUGUUCAGGCCCCCGCCUCUGGCUCCGAAGGUAGCGCCGACUACCAGGCUCUCCAAACUGUCUUCACAGACUUCGCCCAGGAGCUUUCGCAGCUUGUUGUCCGCGAUGGCGAGGGUGCUACCAAGUUCGUGACUGUGCGCGUCCGGAACUCGCCCGACUAUGAAUCUGCUCGCCUGAUCGCCUCCACCAUCGCCCGCUCUCCCCUCGUCAAGACCGCUCUGUACGGCCGUGAUGCUAACUGGGGCCGUAUUCUCUGCGCUGUUGGUUACACCCAGGGCGUCCGUGAUGGCGUUGUCGUGCCUGAGCGUACCUCUGUGAGCUUCCGUCCUGUGGAUGGUAGCCCCAUCCUCAAGCUCCUUGUGAAUGGUGAGCCUGAGGCUGUCGAUGAGGAGCGUGCUAGUGCCAUUCUUCAAAACGAAGAUCUGGAGAUCGAGGUCGACCUUGGUGGUGGUGAGAAGGGUGCUGUUGGCUGUGGUGGUGAGGACGCGGUCUACUGGUUCUGUGAUUUCAGCCAUGAGUAUGUCACUAUCAACGGUGACUACCGUACCUAA